AUGAAUAACACCAGUAUCAAUGGCCGAGAAAACCAUCUUGGUAGUAAUUGUCCAUCUGAUUUUUCUUUCUUAUUAAAUAGCAAUAAUAAUAACAGCAAUACUACAACUAAUAAUCCCAGGUUCAGAAAAAGAUCUAGUUUAUUAUUUCAACAACAAAAUGGUUUGGGUAAAAUACCAGAGAGUUUGGAGGGAGAGGAAGAGGAAAAUGGGACCGAAGUACUAACAAAAAAAUCACAAAUAGGGAAAUUCUCACAAAAAUUAAUACUAGGACAAAAAAAGAAUAACAACAGGAGCGUAACUUAUAACAAUUUAUACCAAAAUAUUCUAGCUAAAAGAAAUAAUUCACUAAUAUCAAUUAGAAAUGGUUGCAACGGAAACAUUAUUAUAAAUACAGAUGAAACACGCCACCUGUCGACCUCCACUGCAUCCUCUUCACCCUCUUCCAUCGUAUCCAUUCACAAUUCAUCGACACAAAUCAAUAAUCUUAAGAGAAACCCAAUGACACAUUAUGAACUGAGUAGAAAUAUCUCCAUAAGACCUAAAUCAAGUACAACUGUAAUCACAGGAGCACCGCUAAUCCUAGAGAAUAAAAAACAUAACGGGAAUAGACUGGAUUCUAGAAGAUCAAAAUCAGAUCAAUUAAUAUAUAACAAUACAGGUCAAAGAGGAACAGAUGUUUCAAUUGGAGAUCUACCUUCAAAAAAUAAUAAAAAUGAUAAUUGGAAUAAAAUUGGUUUCGAAUUUUUCAUGAAAAAAAAAGUACUUGAUGGAACAUCUAAGGAUGAUAAAAGCGAGGGGGACGACCAGGAUCAGACUUGCACGAAAGCGGAAGAAGAUGACAGUUCAUAUGUUACAGGUCAUCUCGAUACGGAUUAUAUUGGCUCAGAAAAAGAUAUUAGUUUUGAAAUACAAGACGCAAUGAAGGAAAAUGUUAUCACUAAUGCUAGUUUAUUCAGAAAAAAUUAUAGUUUCAAUAAUGAUGAACUUCCUUCCUCCUCAUCAAAAGCAAAUAAUAUCAAAACUGAUAAAGAAGGAGAUACUGAUGAAAACAUUAGUAUUACAAGCUCUAACCAGUCUCCUUUUAGCACCAAAAAUACUGGUCACAUUAAAACCGACAACAAAGCGGAUAUAACCUUCUUAAAUAUAAAUAAGAGUGAUAAUAAUUUAUUUUCACAAGCAGACAUUUUAUUUAACCAGGGCAAUGAGCCACCUUCUAGGUUACAAACAAAAAUGAGUGCAUUAAAAAAAAAAUUUGAAACUUUUUCUAAUGCUGAACAACAGCGUAAACAACAACAUCAAUUUUUUUUAUUGAAUCAAGAUUCUGGUAACGCCAAUGCUCAAAAUGAUAGAUUUAAAGAUAAAAGCAACAACAUUAACAGAAACGAUUCGUUAACACCUUUUUCGUCAGCCUCAUCAAAUUCUUCUUCUGUAAUAGAUGUAAUUAAUCAGGAAGCUUGUAGUGGUGAUUUUGGAGGUUCUUUAAGUUUAACUGAGCACUUAAAUUUCAAAAAAAAAAGUUUUCCUAGAGCUACCGAUAACAACAACUGUAAUGAGAAUUCUGAGAAUAGUGUUUAUGAUAUAAGCAAAAUAUGGUCUUAUAGCAAUGAUUUGGAAACAAAAUUAUUAAACGAAACAAUAAGUAAUCAGUUGAACACGAUUCAUAGAAUAAAUAAUAAUACUGGCAAACAGAAGUUGUAUCAUUAUCUUAAAAAUGAAAGUUUAAAUCUUUCAAAUAAGGCUAUGCGGGAAAAAUCCAAUGGUCCUGAUACUAACGAUAGCGGUACCACUGCUACCACUAAUACAAUCCCAUUAAAUUUAAAUAUACCAAAUGACGAGGCUGACAAAAAUACAGAUGCUUGUUUUGAGAAUGAUAUUAGCAGAGAUCCCGAUAGUGUAGUAGAUACCUCCAUGGCUGUCCCCAAUGAAACAAGAUUUAAUACAGAAACCAAUGAUAUUAUAGAUUUUCAACGAAAAUUAAACAAUAUUAGAAUAAAUGGCGAGCAGCAGCAAAGGUUACCCUUUUUGCCAAAUGAUUCAAACAUUAGUGAUGACAAUAACACGGAUGGCUUUUUUUCCAAUAACUAUAAAAAACAUCAGCAGAAUUUGAGAAAAAUCAUUAGUAACAAUAAAAACUUUCCGAAUUAUAUAAGUAGUAAUAUACUGUUAUUGAAUAUGUCUGAAUUGCUAACAAGUUUGCAACCAUUAGAAAACGAAAAGCUAAAGAAGUUAAUUAUUCAGGGGAGAUUGAAAUCAGAGGAACUAUGGGUAUUUUCUGAGUAUGAACAAUUUGAUAUUUAA